AUGAACGUCAUCGGCAAACAACAGCAAAUCGGGAUCCUUGGAGUACUGCUAAGGAACAAGGACAUCCCUCUGUGGGUCAUCGAUGCUUACGUCGCAAAGUUUGAAGAGACUACCGUCCAAUCGGAGGUUGCUUUUGCUGCAAAGCGUAACGGGACCCUUCAGGUUUUAAAUAUCCCUGUACCAACUACUACUAAACCUUCUUGCUUCAACACUCCAGAUCUCCGAGCUCUCGCUGAUCUCACCUGGUCGCGCCUGCUCAAUCAAUCUCCCUCAGCCGAGACCCUUGAAGGACUAACUGCCCUGCUGAUGCAGCAUGGGGAGAUCCCAGCAUAUUUCAGACGUGCCUCGUGGACGUAUUUGACACUCAAGUACACCCAGGAGGCAGAAGUCAUAUGUAAGAAGAUACUGGCGAGUCCUCUUACGCACACAAUGCCUUUAAAUGUCGAUACUGCAGCCAUGGAAGCAGGAUACUACAACAGCUAUCGAACUCAGGAGGACGGGUCAGUCCUUUCCAGCGAUGCACUUAUACCUAUCGAUAAGAUAUACGAGGCAGAGGGUCACGUGUGGAGUGUCUUUUAUGUCCGGGGCAAUAGACUCCUUAUGGCUGAUGCCCACCGCACCUUUAGAGAGUUAAAGCUAUUUGAGACGAACUCUCCCCUUUUCCCUUCCUUCUGUGACGUCCUGGUUGCUGUCAUAAGCAGCAGCAAGACGCCAUAUGUUCAAGGAUUAACAUACCUGUGUGGCGUCACGCUUCUGUAUUCAAGAACCCUCUAUGAAGCCGUAGGGAUAGCUCUAAGGGUCACUAAGAUGAGCAAUGUGUAUCGCUCAUUCAUCCUGAUGGAAAAGGAGCGCAUUGAUACCGUUAGCUGUGCAGUCAUAAAGAUUGUUUCGCUUAUUCUCUCGGGUGAAUGCUUAGACUCUAUCGAUUGCACCCAAACUCAACGAGUCACCAGCCUAUUUAAUAGGAAGAAGGUCAAGACGAGGGAGCCUCUGGGGCUAGCGUACUAUGGUUUCGAGGGAUAUGAGGCAUAUUUUAACUUCUGUACCGAUAAGCAGGUCUUGGCUCCAAUGGCUUCGUCUGCUCAUAGCUUCAAUGGCAGUGCUAGGGCAGUAACCCAAGGAUCAUCCAGCGCAAACGAUUGCAAUACCUCUGAUGCUGUUGAAGAGGCCACUACUGUGAGCAUCGACGAAGCCACGCUUACUGCCUGCGACUCUGCCCCAGAGACCCCCCAAGUGACAGCACUGCACAGACAGCUUCGCCAGCGUGCGCACAACCUUUUCAAGUCCAAUUUCGAUACAAUCUUUGAGAUUAUACCCGCUGUUACAUCUAGCUGCGUUUUAACGGUGUUUAGCAAGGUUUCCUUUGAGCUUUCACUUUUCGUCAUGGACGUCCUCUCAUAUACAGAAGAGCUAGAUCAAGCGUUCAUCCUGUUAACAGUAACACUCGUCGUAGUGGUUAUCUGUCAGACUUCAGUUCGCAUUGCAACGAACCCAGACUCGGAGACUGGUGCUGUGGCCAAUGGGUCCUUGACAGACGAUGAGGUGACAGGGGCCAUCAUGAAGGACCUUACGAAGAUAACUACAAACGUCACCAGCUUCAUUAUGUGCUUCCGGGAUGUAAUUAAGCUUAGCAAGAAGUCAGAAACAAUCCAGCAGCAGAUGCGGACAUUGGAUGCCGUAUUUGCCGCCAUCAAUAACGAGUGA